UCCUCUAGUGUAUACGUGAAAAUGGCGAAAAAUUAGAAAGGUCCUAUUACGAUAUAGAUCAGUAUAGAGUUAGAAAAGCCAUAUAUGGAACGGGCUUUAUACGCUUCAGAUAUACACGCGGAUUAUUUCGUAAACGUAAAUUAUUGAGAGAAAUUUUAAUAUUCAUUUUUAUCGUGAUCCAUUAGAUUUAUUUUAGGUUAUACCUCAGUUAAGUUAUCUAUUAUAGAUAAAAUAAAACCAUAAAUAUCAUAAGUGAAGAAACAUCUUUGGAUUCAACGUGCGUUUAUCAUUAAUAAAAAUUAUUUACGGAACGUCGCGUUGUUGUCGUAAAAUUGUAUAUAUUUAAAUUACGUUAGUUCAUUCGUUGAUCAUUGAAUAAAAAAACAAAAAAUGUUUCGUACGUGUAUUAAUUUAAAUCGUCGCGGUUUUCGAUUGGCACGAAGGAACUUACUUCUUAAACGAACAACAUGCGGCAUGAAUGCCGUUGAAAUUCCUCAAGGAUAUAUUUUAAACGAUCGUUACAUUUCGCAUAAGAGUUUCCAUGUUACUACACGUGCAACCACUUGUGGCGUUUCGAAUCAAAAAACGAUGCCUGAUAUACUGUAUGGUAAUGUCUGGGAACUUGACCCAGAAUUAUUUAAGUUAAUGGAAAAAGAAAAGAAACGUCAACACUCUGGCCUUGAAAUGAUUGCCAGUGAAAAUUUUACAUCUCUUAGUGUAUUACAAUGUUUAAGUUCUUGUCUUCAUAAUAAAUACAGCGAGGGUCUUCCUGGACAAAGAUAUUAUGGAGGAAAUGAAUACAUAGAUGAGAUAGAAAUAUUAGCACAGAAAAGAUCUUUAGAGGCAUUUAAUUUAAAUCCUGAAGAAUGGGGAUGCAAUGUACAACCUUAUUCUGGAAGUCCUGCCAAUUUUGCAGUAUAUACGGGAUUGUUAGAACCACAUGGUCGUAUCAUGGGCUUAGAUCUUCCAGAUGGUGGACAUCUUACGCAUGGAUUUUUUACUCCAACCAAGAAGAUUUCAGCAACAUCCAUCUUUUUUGAAUCAAUGCCUUAUAAAGUUAAUCCUGAAACGGGUUUCAUUGAUUAUGAUAAAUUAGCAGAGCAAGCACAAUUGUUUAAACCUAAAAUUAUUAUAGCAGGAGUGUCUUGUUACAGUAGAUGUUUAGAUUAUAAAAGAUUUAGAGAAAUUGCAGAUCAGAACAAUGCUUACUUGUUCAGUGAUAUGGCCCAUGUUUCUGGUUUAGUCGCAGCAGGUUUAAUUCCUAGUCCAUUCGAAUACAGUGACGUUGUUUCAACUACAACUCAUAAAACUUUGAGGGGUCCUCGUGCUGGUGUCAUUUUUUACAGAAAAGGCAUUAGAAGUGUUACAAAAGAUGAAAAGAAAAUUAUGUAUGAUUUAGAAAAUAGAAUUAAUCAAGCAGUAUUCCCGGGACUUCAGGGUGGACCUCAUAAUCAUGCAAUUGCUGCCAUUGCUACGACAAUGAAGCAAGUUAAAACACCUGAAUUUCAUGCUUAUCAAAAACAAAUCAUUUCUAAUGCAAAGAGAUUGUGUGUUGGCUUACAAAAUCUUGGUUACAAGAUUAGCACUGGAGGAACUGAUGUUCAUAUGCUUUUAGUAGAUUUAAGACCCUUUGGAAUUACAGGUUCUAAAGCAGAAAAAAUUUUAGAAGAAAUUUCGAUAGCAUGUAAUAAAAAUACUACUCCCGGUGAUAAAAGUGCCCUUAAUCCUGGUGGUAUUAGAUUAGGUACACCAGCACUGACUACACGUGGUUUCAAAGAAGAAGACAUAGAUAAAGUUGUCAAUUUUAUACAUAAAGGAUUACUAUUAUCUAAGGAAAUAAGUAAAAUUUCUGGACCUAAACUUGUAGAUUUUAAGCAAGUAUUGAAUACUAAUGCCGAUAUCAAAGCUAAAGUUGCUGCAUUAAAAGAGGAAGUAGAAACUUUCUCUCACCAAUUUCCAAUUCCAGGAAUUGAACAAUAUUAAUUAUUUUUAUAUUAAAAAAAAAAAA